AUGAUUGGAGACGUCGCUAUUGGACCCACGAGCCCCCCGCUGCCGAUCAAACCGCGGGCGACCAACCGCAGUCGGAAGCAACGAGAGCGCGAGGUUCCUGAUGUGGAAUGGGAGCGCUCACUUCAACAUUUCGCGGCCGCCGUAAGUGACGACUUCGACGAUCUGCACGCUCGAUUUUUACAGGAGAGCGAAAUCACGUUUGCCUCUUGGAAGCGGUUGUGGGCCGAUGCGAGGAUGAGCGCCGCCUUCCAUGUCGAGUUCUGGGACAGCUCGCCCACCAAUACGCACAAGACGAUCCUGCAGCAAGCACUGGACGCACUGGUCUGCUGCAUCGAAGAGCACAAUGGCGCGUUCGAGAGUACAGCGGACGUUGCGGUGCUGGUCAGUCGCGUAUUCGCGCUGUACUGCGCGUACUCGGUGCAGCUUGGCGACCCUAAGCACAAAAUCGACGUAGACCCACAGUCGUGGAAGGCGCUACUCACAGUCAACUUUGUUAUGUGUGGUGCAAGGGCUUCGCUCUUUCCACUGGCAACUCGAGAAGUGAGAGCACUGAUGCAUCGGCUCAUCGUGGAAGAGGACGCGUUUCUCCGCUGUCUCCAAGGGUUUGGAUCGAGUGUUCGGGUACGAAACCGUGCAAUUAGAGUGCAGACCGCUCAAACACUUGGUGCUGGUCAAAUUGUAUUGGUCCCUGCAGACAAUGCCACGGAGGAAGACGCCCCGUACAAAGCGAACGAAGAGGCUCGUAGAAGUGAUCGCAUUGUGCGUGCAGCUGGUGCUCGCGAGUAUGACGGAAGCAGGAGCAUUCUCGAACAGAUCGGCAGUGAACACGAUGAGCACAGCAACGACCUGGAUCUGAGUGAUCGCGAUAGUGUCAUGUCAGUACCUUCCAGUCCCACGGCUAGAGCUGUUGUUUCCAUCCCGCGUGAGCGCGGCAGCAGUGAAGAUUUCAUGGCAGAGCUCGAGUCUGAGCUACAUGCAGAUGUUUUAAGCGAACAAGUUGAACUAGACCCAGCUGCCAGGAACAAGCAAACCUCGGCACUGAGCGAAGUCAGCGAAGCUGACAGUGAUGGUCUUGCCGACCUUGAGCAAGAACUUGAGGAGAAUGUUGGUGUUGCAUCACUUGGAAAUGUAAGGAAAACAGCUCCAAAGAAAUCGUCGCCUCCUGCUCGUCGGAAGCGAGGUCGACCACCUGCCAAUACAUGUACUGUCCCUCACAGUGAAGCAGCAACUACCCUGGUGCCUCGAAGGGCAACAGCUGAGAAACACUCCUCGGCCAAUGGCGAAGUCAGUGAAGCAGAAAGCGUUGCUUUUGCGAAGCUCGAGAGACAAGUGGAGCAAAGUAUGGAACUUGUGUCGUCUCGACUAGUAACGGGGAGAGCAUCUAUUCCUCCUCGUCGUAGGUGGAGGCGAGGCUCUGCCGCCCCAGGUAUUGUUCCACGAAAAGCUGGUCGAACAUCGAGCUCAACACAGAAACCUGCUCACACCGUCGCGGUUGAAAAUGCUCGCCCGACAGCGAAGCGUGCGAGGAGUGACUUUAUGGCGAGCACUAUGCCCUUCGCAGAUUCUUGGGCGGUGGCUUCGACGGCCGACAGUGAUGGUCUUGCCGAGAUACAAGCUGAACUGGAUGCCAUCCCCACGCUGGCAGAGCCACUGAAGACCGCUCCUAAGAAUUUCUCUCGUGGUCGUAAAACCCACCAGCGUUCGUCCGACGCCACUGUACAGCUUCCUGCCGCAAAACCAGAGUCCAAAAGCAUCUCGGGGUCCGUCUCAAAGGAGCUCCGUGUCGUUGGAUACCGAGAGCGACGGAUGGGCAGAGCUGAUGGCAGAGCUCGAUACCACGGUGGCAUCACAGACAGCUACUGCUGUGACGCACAGGCGGGCGCUUCCUACUAA